ACAAUUUCCCAAACAUUACACCUACCCAAACCUCAAAGCUCCCAUGGCCAUGUCUACACUUGUGUCUCUCACUCCCAUCCUUCCAAAGUCCAUCACCAAUUCCAUUUCAGAGCCCCUCAUCUCUCUUAAACCCAACUCUCUUUCAAGAAGGCUUCUGUUCUUCACCUCCUUCUUUUCGCUGAACUCGUUUACCUACCCUGCCCUUCAAAACCCUCUUCCAAAAUCCUCUGCUGAGACACCUCAACCCCCGUCUCCAUCAUCAAAUCCGUUUCUUUCAGGCAUUGCCAACACCAAGUCUUGGCUCCAGUUCUACGGUGAUGGCUUUUCUAUUCGGGUCCCACCUCAGUUUCAGGACACAUUGGAGCCUGAGGAUUUCAAUGUUGGGUUGCAACUGUACGGUGAUAAAGCUAAACCAAAGACUCUUGCUGCACGUUUUGCGUCUCCCGAUGGAUCUGAAGUUGUUAGCGUUUUGAUUCGCCCAACUACUCAACUCAAGAUUACCUUCUUGGAGGCUCAGGACAUAAGCGACUUAGGUUCAUUGAAGCAAGCAGCUAAGAUAUUUGUUCCUGGUGGAGCUACUCUUUAUUCUGCCCACACAAUCAAAAUUAAGGAAGAUGAAGGCUUUAGGACCUAUUACUUUUAUGAGUUCGGACGAGAUGAACAACAUAUUGCACUGGUAGCAGCCGUUAACAGUGGAAAGGCAUUCAUUGUUGGAGCAACAGCCCCAGAGGACAAAUGGCUUGAUGACGGUAUCAAGCUUCGAUCUGCUGCUGUGUCACUCGCUGUUCUAUGAUCUGAUGAAAGAAGAGACACUCGCCAAAUUGUCAAUUCUUGCUGGGCAAGAUUCGUGAGAGUGGUGUGGUGGGUUCUUUCUCUUCAUUUUCUAUGGAAGUUCUACUCCUCGCUCUAGUGGGUGUUGACAGAGGGUUGUCUUGACUCCUAAGGGCUCAUGGAAGAGGAUUUUGCGAUUUUCAAAUCUAGGUCCCUGGAAUGAUGGACCCAAGUUCCAGAUUUGCAUUUGAGACCUGGAACUUCUGCAACAAAAUCGGGGAAGAAGAAAUCGUGAAUUUGGUGGGAGGUACAUUCAAAAUCAUACUUGGCUAGUUGCCUAGUUCAAAAAGUAGCUUAAAUGUCUAUGGUUGUUGUCUUGUUGAGGUGAGGUUUUGAAAGAACCUUGAUAUGUUUCAGAUGUAACAUUUUGAUGAACUAAAUCUGAAAGACUGAAACCAAAAGAAGCACUAUAAAGCAACAAACUUUGCAAUCGUGGUAUAACUUUAUAGGUUCCACCUAUUGCACUUCUGCCUAAUUGUCUCAUGCAAAAGAAGGCCCUUCAGCCUUUCCGCAAACAGGUGUUUGGGUAGUGCUUCCAUUUCUCAAAUCACUUGCUAAGCUUGCAAGAAUGUGGAUGGGCUAUCAAUGUUGGUAGUGGGUUUCAUCAUUACUCUGCACAGAAGGCGGUCGUUUUUGUGCUUAUGUAGACAUCCCUUGGCAUUUUAUUUUCUAUUCGUUUAUUUUUUUCUUUCCCUCUGAGUUUCUGAAAUCCAAACAUAACCUUAAUUUAUCAGCAGAACCAAGAGAAAUCAGAACAUGGGAAACUGAUAGAGUUGUGCAGUAAUGUGAACGCAUAAACCUUGUCAGACAUGGAGCUUGCAUCCCCAUACGGCCAUACCACCACCAUAAAUCAUUUCUCCUGCUUUACAUCCCUUUUAUCUUGUCACCCUCAAUGUUUUAUUACUGCCUCAAGUAACACAUUCAUCUUUAUGAGUUGUGGCAUGUUCUUUAAGGUUUUUGAAUCCAGAAGUUACAUUGAUCAGAAGGCUAAAGUACCAAAAGAAUCGAGAGUUACAAGUUAUAACCAUCCAAUAGCUCCAAAUCCACCAUUUAUAUUCUAACAAACUUCAUUUAAACUCAAAAGGUGCCCUACUUCCAGACAUUUGAGGCUGUCACAUCCAAUGAAAUCACGAAUCACCAAACGAGCAACAUAAAGUUCUUCCUGCUCUUUAUUAAUGAAAGGGCCUUAUACUAUUUUCUUUAUGAGUUGUGACAUGUUAACUUAAAAAGUAUCAAAAUCCAUGACAUUUUAGUUCUUGGAUUGAUAGUUUCCAAUCAUUUGGACCUUAAAUUAACACAAUUUAUGUGUGAC